AGCGUGGCCUCCAUUUGCCCUAUAAGCUUUUGUGAUCUUCCCCAUCGCCGCAUCGCAUUCUCCGAUUCGAAGCUCUCUGCUCGCUCGCGUCGCAGCCAUGGCGAAGAACUACCCGACCGUGAGCACCGAGUACCAGGAGGCCAUUGAGAAGGCCAGGUGCAAGCUCCGCGCCCUCUUCGCCGAGAAGAGCUGCGCCCCUCUCAUGCUCCGCCUCGCGUGGCACUCGGCGGGGACGUUCGACGUGUCGACGAAGACCGGGGGCCCCUUCGGGACGAUGAAGAACCCAGCGGAGCAGGCGCACGGCGCCAACGCGGGGCUGGACAUCGCGGUGCGGAUGCUCGAGCCUGUUAAGGACGAGUUCUCCAUCCUCUCCUACGCCGAUCUGUACCAGCUUGCGGGAGUUGUGGCCGUGGAAGUGACCGGUGGACCUGAGAUCCCCUUCCACCCUGGGAGGGAGGACAAGCCUCAGCCCCCACCUGAGGGCCGCCUUCCUGAUGCUACUAAGGGUACUGACCACCUUAGGCAAGUGUUCGGCAAGCAGAUGGGCUUGAGCGAUAAGGACAUUGUUGCCCUCUCUGGUGGCCACACCUUGGGAAGGUGCCACAAGGAGCGGUCUGGUUUUGAGGGGCCUUGGACUAGAAACCCAUUGCUCUUUGACAACUCUUACUUCAAGGAGCUUCUGAUUGGUGACAAGGAGGGCCUCCUUCAGCUCCCAAGUGACAAAGCCCUACUGAACGACCCUGUCUUCCGCCCUCUAGUGGAGAAAUAUGCUGCGGAUGAGAAAGCUUUCUUCGAUGACUACAAGGAGGCCCACCUCAAGCUCUCCGAACUGGGGUUUGCUGAUGCGUAAAAAGUGUGCCCUAAGGCUACUGCUGCUGCUAGGAUGGGAUCGUGUAAUCUUGUUUUGCGUCUAGAGCCAGUGUGAACCAGCAGACUACCAAGUUCAUCUCUAAUAAAUCUGUCGCCCUGAGGCCAUCAUCCCUAGUACUUUGUUGAUAGUUCAAUGGGCCAUAUAGCUAGACUUGGAUGCUGUAUGCCGCUGAAACUACUAGAUCUAUCUUGUAAGAUGCAGUACGUUGUUGUGCCUUCUGCUUAAUCCAUGCUUGCAUGUGUCCUGUUCUUGGA